AUGCACCACACGAGAGCGAAGAAGAUCUUCGUCCUUUCAUGGACUAUCUCACACUAUUGCAAGAGUGUGAAAACGUAUCUAUUCGAUGAAUUGCCAUUGGAGAGCACAUCGAAGGUCGAGAAGGACUUUCGUUCAGCAACCGUGUGUCCCUUCUGCCGCAAGAAACUGGAGGACGACAAGGAGGGAGGAAGCGAAGCUUCCUCCGGGGUGAGCGAUGCUCGCCCCAAGGUUAGACAUCAUGCACAUGUGGCAGGUGAAUACACCACAGGAAAGGGAGAAGUACGCCACUUCGAAGCCGGACAGUACAUCUGCACCUGUUGUACCAAGUGUAACCUACAACUCUCAUUCAACAAGAAGAACUAUCGUCUGCCAGUUUACUUUCACAAUGGAUCGCACUACGACUUCACAUUCAUCAUGAAGCUCAUCGCGACGAUGCCUGGCGGGGACCUCGAAGUUAUUCCAACCACCGAGGACAAGGAAAUGCAGAUCGAGUACAAUGGCAUUCAAUUCAAGGACUCGUUGAAGCUCAUCAGCAGUCCACUGCGUUCCAUUGUGGCACAGACACUUGGAGGCAACUUGGACCUCUAUGUGCACACCAAACAACAACUACGCAAGUACUGUGAAUCUCGAGGCAAGCAAUGGAGUGAUGAAUACAUCGAUUUGUUGACACGGAAGGAACCAAUGUUCUACAGUCUCAUCAAAUCGUACGAGUCAUUGAACAAUACAGUCAUUCCUUCUCGUGAGCAAUGCAUUGAUGAUAUGAAGGGAGAGAUGAUGCCUCAAGACGAAUAUGAUCACAUGGUGAAGCUGUGGAAGACAUUCGAUAUCAAGACAUGGGGUAAAUACUACGAAUUGUACAAUGUACUCGAUGUGACUCUCAUGGCUGAUGCAUUCGAACAUUUCCGCAUUACCACACUGAAUGCAUUCGGUGUUGAUCCAAUGCACUACAUCACAGCACCGCAAAUGGCAUAUUCGCUAUUCUUGAAGGUGACAAUGGAGGGCGAUCAUAGUGAGAGUAGCCUCAUGACCCUCGCAAGGAAAUGGGCUCAGUACAUCAUGCACAUUAACGCCAACGAGGGUCUCGCCGAGAAACAACUGGUGAAAGUGUUCUUGAAUCGCAUGGGUGAAUUCUAUGAGAGCAAGGGCAUUCGAUUGAUUGAGACAAAUGAUAUCGAUGACUUCAUGCGAUUGUUGAAGAACCUGCGAGGAGGUAUCACACAGAUCGUGAAACGACAUGCCAAGGUUGACAUUGACAACAAGGAGCAAGCAACGUCGUCCCAAGGCAUCUACUACCUGGACGCCAACAAUUUGUAUGGAGGAGAGUAG